AUGGACUCAACGAACAACUCAACAGGCGUGUCAUACGAUGACAGUGCAUCCAACACGUUCCCGAGUUGGGCAACAACAUUUAUUGUGAUUGGAACCUUGAUUGCAGUUGUUGGUUUCAUCUGGACGAUUCUACGCGCCGCGCUCUUCUUGCGUCGUAGCACACUUCCAUUGUACACAGAUGCAUCCCCCUGGUCCAGACCAGUCAUCCAGCCCCCUCCUCCGGCAUAUUCUCCACGUCCUGCUCCACCGCCGUAUUCUGCACCAAAAGUCGUUCAGCUACGGUCCGCGCAAGCAAGCCUCGCCGAGUCAAAUGCUCCAUCAAGUCUGCGCAACUCGUAG